CAUAAAAUUCAUAUACGUUGUCUGUGGUUCUUUCUUUUAUUUAGGUUCGAAAGGAAAAUACCUAUCAUUAUUUGGUGCCGUGACCCGGAUCUCUCACCUCCCCCGCUGUCAGGCAGAGGAAGACGCGCUGAAUCCGUGCACGGCCAGAGUCAAUUGGACCUGGAAAGGAAAACCCAGGAAGCAAAUUCUUCGCUGGGCCAGCAACGUAUCCGACUUUGUCUGCCAACGGCGGAGUGACGAGAUCCGACUGGACAACCCGAAAACUACAGAAACGAAGCCAUUCCACUUGAGCCAGGUGACUGGGUCUACAUACAGGUCAUCAAACGAAAGAACUGGACGAGUCCACGGUGGGAAGGACCGUUCCAAGUGCUGAUGACCACACCAACAGCUGUAAAGAUUGCUGAAAGACCCAGCUGGAUACAUCUUAGUCACUGUAAGCGGCAGAGAGUGUUGGACCCCUAAUUUGGAGUAGAGAGGAAGGUGGGCUUUUAGCCUCUGGGCUACACAGGCAUUCUAAUUUUUAGUAUUAUUUUGUCUCAAACCCAGCGAAGAACUGCUAAGAUUCUCGCUCUUUUAGUUUGGGGGUUCUGACAUCUCUGCACGCCGAGCAGUAAUGGGGACUCCAUAUGCAAGAUGGAUCUUCUACUGUGCUGUGACUGCUGUAUGUUUGAUGUUUGGAGAAGGAAGUGAGCCUGAGUUCCACCCACAUGACUACAGCACCAACCUGUGGUGGAAACUGAUGAAUAGAACUGUUUAUGAAGGACAUGCUGUGAACUGCUACGUGUGUGCGCAGCUGCCGGUUUCCAUACACAACUCAGGUCUCCGACCAGGUAACAUUACAGACGACAAACAGAUGUGUCUCUAUGUUCUAAGCACCAGACCACAGCGCGUCCCGCCCCUAAGGGGAGACAGACCACGUGAGAAGGAUUAUUCAGCUGACCUCCGGAUGGGUGAGGCUGUGCAAGGACUGUUUCAAUCUUUGAAUUGUUCACUUGCAGAUGAUGUACUUCCUUUUUCGUCAUCUCAACAAACUGUAUGGAAAAUACCAGAGAUCAUUUUAUUAGCAGGAGCUAAACCAGGAUCUCUGGGGAACUGUGUUUAUAAUAAUGGAAAUGUUUUUCUAGGGACAUUGCCCUGGAACUUGUGUAACAGAGUUUACACCUACUGCGAACCGACACAGGAUUACAUCACCUGCGUAGCCUGCAGGGGUCAAAGGAUGGCUCCACACUGCAAAGGCUGGAAGGAAAACCCAGACUGUGACAACUUGCUUCAGGAGAGGAGUUUCAACAUCACGCAUAAGAUAAAGAGGAGACAGGAGACAACACUGUGCAGUGCCAUAGUGCCAGGAGAUUAUGGCUCAAGGAUGUUAUCAGAUUGGUACUUCAUAUGUGGAAAUGAAGCGUACAUGUUCUUGCCGAAAAAUUGGGGAGGACUGUGUGCUGUGGUUCCUUUGAUCAACCCAAUUGCAUUCAUCAGGAAAGCACAGGAUGAUUCACACACCCGCUCCAAACGAACAGUUAUGUCAGAGGUCAAAAGAUGGGGAGGCCUCACAACACAUACUGGAGUUCCAUGGGAAAGGCAUCUUAUGAGACAACUGAAGAUGACUUGUUUCACGUUUCUGACGAUUUUCUGAACAAUGAUGAAGUCCUGUAAUAAAUAAAUAAAAAAACAGAAAAAUUCAUUUGCUGAAUGAUUCCUACACUAAAAAUGUUAAACAAGUGGUGUUAAGGAUGAGAAAACUGCAUUUGAUUUUUUGCUGUUUCUUUUAUUUUAUAUUCCAAUUAUUCAUUGUGUAUUUUCUGUGUUUAGCUUAGAAAAAAAAAGAAAAAAAAAAUUCUUGCAUUUAUUGGUUCUUUUCUUUUCUUUUCUAUGCAUAGCUUUUGCAUAAGGUUUAAGCGUAUAAUGAAAUGAUAAAAGGGAGGAAUGUUAGAGAUUUUUUGGUAUUAUCAUUUUAUUCUUACUCUAGUUCACCUUAAGUCUAUAGAUCUUAGUGAUUUUCUGUUUAAAGUGAUUUUCUGUUUAAAGUGUUCUCUUCUUUAAAUGACCUGGAGGUCACUACUGUCUGUUCAACUUUACGAGAAAUAGAU